AUGAACGAAGACGCGAGCGAUGAAACGAGUGUGGCGAAGAGAAGGACGGGGCUUAAGGCCUUGGUCCGAUCGCGUACCGGAAAGGUGAUGUCAGGGACCAAAGGAGAGUCAGUCUUCUCAGGAAGAUUCCAUGGACAUGCUCAUCACGGACGACGGAUGGAACUGCAAAUGGGGAGAAAUGGCCCUUGGUUUCUCAAGCAGCGGGCAAGGACCAGGGAAAAAGAGAAAAUUAAAGGCGGUCGAGUUCAGCAUCUGGGUGAAUUGGCCAAUGGUCUGGCCCAAGCUUGGACGCGGAAGAGUGCAAACGGCCUGAAAAUUUUUGAUUGUACAGCCCGUACCAUGUCUGGGAAAAGCAAUCUUUUGCUCGUGGAGCAGAAAAUGGACGGAGAGAAACAUGCCAGAAGCUUGAUUCUUGAGGACGUUAAGGCUGAGGCACAAGACAUCGGCCGUGUCACUCGGGUACUCUGGCAAGCCGGGCCUGUUACUAUUCACAGGUGA